CUUGUACUGGGACGCCCGUUACGUUCAGGAAGCUGGAGGUGCCUUUGACUGGUACCAGCGUUACUCUUCUCUUCGCCCUUUUGUUCGUAACUACGUUCCUACCUCCUCUCGUGUCCUCAUGGUCGGCUGUGGAAAUGCCCUGUGGAGAAGGAUGAAGGAUGAAGGAAUUGGAUUUGAUGAAUGUGCGUUGUUUAGGCAUGAUGGGUUUGGAAGUUCAAAUCUAGGGUUUUUGUUGUCUCUCUUUGCUUGCUGAUUAAGCGUGGGAAAAAAUGUUGGAAAAGAAAAUUGAGUUUCAUGGAAGGUUGAUUGUCUAGUGAUGAGGAUGUUAAUCGUUCUACUCUGGGGUUUUGUCUUCCUUUGCCCCUGUUGUUCUGUUUGCUAGCUGACAAUGUUAUGUCAGAGGACAUGGUCAAGGAUGGAUAUGAAGACAUUAUGAACAUUGACAUUUCCUCAGUGGCUAUUGAGAUGAUGAGAAGGAAAUACGAGUACAUUCCUCAGCUGAAAUAUAUGCAAAUGGAUGUUAGGGAUAUGAGUUUUUUCCAGGAUGAAUCUUUUGACAGUGUCAUUGACAAAGGAACUCUUGAUUCUUUGAUGUGUGGCACGGACGCCCCAAUAAGUGCUUCUCGGAUGCUGGGUGAAGUCAGCAGGCUUCUCAAACCUGGAGGAAUCUAUACGUUGAUAACUUAUGGUGAUCCAUCAGUGAGGGUGCCUCAUUUGAGCCGGCCACUGUAUAAUUGGAAUAUUGUGUUGUACAACCUACCCAGACCAGAUUUUAAGAGGCCUGGAGGUUGUUCAUCAACAAAGUCAUACUUGGAGCCUAUUCCUAUCACCGAAAAGGGCUUACUUCCUGCAGACUUUGUUUUGGAAGAUCCGGAUUCUCACUUUAUUUAUGUAUGCAAAAAGAUGGAUGACACAGAGCUAAGAAACAUACCCAGCUAUCCAUUAACAGCAGAAAUUUUAUAGUGAAUAAGUAACUUUGAAGUGCUGAGGUAGCAUUUUACUCUGCUUUACAAGCCUUGACAUCACGUUUUAAUUUUUAAGCUUUUGUAUAAUUAUCAGCACUUCCAGGAAUUAGGACAGAUCACUAGGCAUGCUCUUGUGUGUAACGAAAACAAGAAUUCCAUUUUUUGUUGUUUGACAUGUUAGGUCAGCUGCUGGGCCAUAAAAAAUUAAGAAACCAAGGAAGAAGAUAAACCCCUUUGGAGGAAUGCUAGUGACUAGUGACUUAGAAGUAUGCCUGCCAUGUUUUGUAUCCUUUAUUUGUAGAAAACCCAGAACUGCAUUCUGUGCACUGAUCUUAAUACUCAUAAACAUACAGCUUUCU